AUGCCUGUUCUUCAAAAUCCCACGUGCUCUAUUGGAGAGAAAUCUGGCGGCCAGAGAAGUGUUGAAGAAACAAGAAGGCAAACAGAAAGACGUGUCAUGAGCAAAUGGGCUAUUGAAAUUUUCCUUUGUAAAGCACAAAUGUCCAUCACUUAUAAUGAGGUAAAAGUUACUUAUAGGGUCAAAGUUAUGUUCUGCUACUCCGUUAGUCAAGAAUCGUCUUACGUCAUCGAAUGUAUUCGAGAUAUGAUUCCACAUCAGAUAUAUAAUGAAUGUUGUGAAAGAGAAAGUAAUUGUAGUGUUUCGCGGCAACAAAACAGGGGAAUAGACUGUAUGAGCCGAUCCAUAAUGACAAAUUAUUCAUCAAUGUUUUCUGACUCUCGGGAGAGUGGUUCAGGUACCACAGAGAUGAGUUUCUCUUAUACAAGAAGUCACCAAUGGUAUGAUGUACUGGACACUUUGGCCGAAAUAUGUCGAAGGCAACCCAGAGCGAGACUUCAAACUUGCAUCAGAAAUGAAUUAAUUAAAAGGUGUCGCUUUAGUAUGCUUCAGGAUCGGUUUACAAGUGCACCAGGACGAUGGGUCAACCAGCGACACUUAGACCGAGGAUCUCCAUACAAUGUGAACUACGGCAGUCGAAUAGAUCCUCAUAAGCGAAUACAGUUUUACGGAGCAGGACGAGGAGGAAAUCCCGAGGGUGCUUUGAUUGUGAUGGGAAGACCAAUGAAUUUUGGUUCCAAUUCUGAGUCUAAAUAUUUUUCCAGAGGUGGUUAUAGCGAUGAUAUGGAUGAUGAGGAAUUUGGGUACUCGGACAGUGAGUCUAUGAGAUACAAGUAA